AUGAACUCUCGGCUGGCUUCCUCGGGCGAACGAACGCAGGCGGCGGGUCUGGCAGGCGGGGUGGGCGCGCCGGCUGGCGGGGUCGCAGGAGGGGCGGAUGCGGUGCGCGGCAGCCGCCUUCCUUUGCAAGUCGAACUCCCUCCGCAGCGGGGGGGCUUCGGCGAGGUGGGUUUUAGAGCAACAAAGAGGAAAGAAGAGAAAACAAACAGAAAGGCCCCCGGAUCAAAGCACCGCGGAGGAAAGGCAGGAAGGGCCCCGGGGCUGGUGGGGGGGCGGGGAGCUGCGGGGCGCCGCAGGGCCGGGUGGAGGCGCCCGGUGGGCAGAGGAGGGAAAAGCCUUAGCCCGAGGCGCGAUCCAGUUGCUUGGGAGCAGAGGGCAGAAGCCAGGGACUUCGAAACUGACACGGUGCGCGCACGCCCCCAUCCCUUAUACUCCCCCGCCCCCUGCCCCGGGAAACUCCGCCCCCCUGCCGUCACCCGCCCUCUGGCCAAUGGGAGCCUUCCUCUGGUCCCUGGGCAUUAUUUGCAGGUCUGCCGGGAUCGGAGGGUGGGGAGCAUCUUUGCUCCUCGGGCGCCUCUCCCCUUCACCUUCCCAGUCCUCGGGAUACUUGAGUUGAGAAAGAAGCGCGCGGCGCGGUGGGAUGGCUGGAGCAGCCGGGGCCAGCCUCCCCUGCUAGGAAAGCGGAGGAAACGGAACAAUUAGUGCCACAUUGUUUUCUGCCUCUAGAUCUGUUACUGUUUAGCAUUUCUAUAGCUCUUUGAGAAGCCAGCUCCGGGGAGUGGUUACAUUUCUGCCCAGAGGGCAAGAACUUGGUCCUAGGCGGCGGCUCGCACGUUCUUUUGCUCGCUUCCGAAGAGGGAACUUUGCAGCAACAAGGUUGGACCAAGAGAUUAUCAUACUAAGUAAAAACAUAUUCACUGCGAGCCUACUUUAUGCCAAGAACUGUUUCACUGGAGACCCAUCAAUGUCCUCAAGCCUGCUCUCCUCGGAUUUACAUUGCAUGAGGAGGUAAACAGUAAGCAAGCAGGAAAACAAAUAAGAAUGACUGACUCAAUCUAAUCUUCCUA